CCGGACGUGCAGCUGGCUCCAGGUUUGCAGACGGAGGGUGGUGGUGAGCUGCGUUCCGGCAAACGCGAGUGGCUACCAGGAGCCGAGCACAUCAACCUCGGAGCCAGGCACACUGCGGCACCUCUGCUCUGCACCCUCGGGCCCACCCAAGGGUGCCCAGCAGGGUAGGCCCACAGGCUGUGCGUGGCUGGGCAGGGCGACGGGCACUAGGAACGCACUUGUAGGGGAAUCCCGACACUGGAGGUAGGGAGCCGUUGCCAUCUCAGUGGGCAGCUAUGGGCAGCUGGAGGGGCCUGGGCACCUGGAUCACCUGCCUAUUCCUCCUGCACCCGCUGCCCUCUCCAGCAUGCCCAGCUGCCUGCCAUUGCUCCUUGGGGGACGUGGACUGCACCGAACAUGACCUGCACGAGGUGCCACAUAACCUAUCAGCCAAUACCAGCACUCUGUGGCUUGGCUACAACUUCAUCACCGCGCUCAGACCAGGCUCUUUCCCCUUCCUGCCGGUGCUGCUGCGACUCAGCCUGCCUCACAACCACCUGGGGACAAUCCACAGCCAGGCCCUUGUGGGGCUUGGGGAGCUGCAGGAGCUGGACCUCAGCAACAACUACCUUACUGUGCUGACCUCGGAAACCUUCCUGCCCCUCAUCAGCUUGGUCACACUCAACCUGGGGAGCAACAGGCUGGGGGAGCUGGAGCCCAGGGUCCUGUACGCCCUGCCCCAGCUCCAAGCGCUCUUCCUGCACAGCAACCCCUGGGUGUGCACCUGCAGCAUCCAGCCCCUCUGGUACUGGCUCAGCCACAACAAGGAAAAAAUUAAAGAGAAGAGUUUGCUCUUGUGCACGUCCCCAGAGCAGCUGAUCAACUAUCCAGUCAUGGCCUUCACGAAUGAGUCCUUCAGGCAAUGCCAGGAGAACUCACUGCGUGCCCAGGACUAUGCCUUCUUUCUGCUCAUUGGACCAUUCUGUUUCCUGGCCAGCAUCUUCCUCUGCAUCUUCAUGGGCUCCAUCACUGUUGUCUGCCACAACCUGCACAAACAAUCACACUCCUGGAAGAGAUCUCCUGUCUGCAGGUGGCACUGAGGCAAGGCAAGGAGGCACUUGACAGGCCGUGGUCUAUGCCCUUCGCAGAUGCCUACACCCAGCCAUUGGAAAUGUUUCCCCGCGAACCAGUGAGAGGAUGUUCUAUUCCUGGAAUUUGUUCUCUUUCUUCCUCCCAGUGUCCCCAGAGUUGAUGCCAAGCCAGGAUCCUCUGCACGCUCUACCAGGGUAAACAGCCUCCAGCCCAGCCCCCAUGCAGGACACAGACUGGUUGCAAAUACUCUCCACGUUUCAGGAGGCACCCCUAGAUCUGCACAUCCAUUUCCCUGGGGACCUUUUUCCUCUAGUGCAUCCCAUCCUCUCCCUCCUGCUCCCCAGAGGCCUCUGUCUGCCUCUGGGUGCGUCCUAGGGGUCAUUGUUUGCCUUUCAAUGCCUUCCAAAGCCCUCCCUGUGCCUUUUGGUGCCCCCGUCUCCUCCAUCUGGCAUUCAGUGACCCAAGCAGCCUCAGGGUGCCUUUCAGUGUCCCCCAGAUCCCUUGUUUUGGCUUUUGGUGCAUCCAAACACCUUCUGUUUGCCUUUCUGUACCCUUGCCAGGCCUUGGUCUGCCUUUUGGUGCACCCCAGAGUCAUCCAUGUGCCUUCUGGUGCACCUGAAGACCCUGUAUGCCUUUCCAUGCAAACCAGAACCCUUUAUUUGGCUUUCAGGGUGUCCCAGAGUCUCCAUGUGUCUCUCAGAGAGCCGAAGACCCCACCAUGUGCUGCCCAAGAGGGGAAUAGAUUGCAAAAUGUUUCUCCCCUGAUAGCUUUUCCCCUGAGCUGGGUUGGCUCAGCCAACAGCCUAGGACUAGGGUUAGGGUAAAAGUUAUAGUUUGGAAAGAGAGAAUGCCUAGAGCUCCUAUUAGUGUGGGGCUGCAAAGAAGCUGCCAAAAGAAGGUGUGGACUGCAAAAAAGUUUCUCUCCGACAGCUUUUCCACUGUGCUAUAGUUGGGAGAUUGGCCAAAGCUCAUCUGGGGUGAAGGUCUAGGUUUAGCAUUAAGGUUGGGAGUAAGAUAAUUGCCCCCAAAACCUUCAUACUCACUUUGUUGCCCCCAAAGUCCCCAUUUUACCUGUCAGUCUAAGCCAGCAUGAUUGGAUUCCUUUCCAUGCACCCCAGACCUCCAUGUGUCUUUCCAUGCAUGCUGGUGGCCUCCGGGUGCCUUUUGGUGCCUUCCAUAGCAUUCCUUUGGCAUCCACACAUAAAGGAAGUCUCUCAGAGACUUUACUCAUAAAACUGUUAAAAUUCUCUAAGAGAUUCCCUUUUAGUGCAGCCAUGGGCAGCAGGAAAGGCCCGGAACUGAGAGGCUCCCAUGGUGGGGACUGUGGGCAGGACCCAGCUUAGCUGGAGCAUCCAAGGAAGAGGGCCAGACCCAUGUGCUACAAAGCCUGUGUGAGUUAUGUGGGGGACAAAAAGCCCCAUGGGGUUCCAGCCCCCACUGCAGGCACUUAGUGCCUGCUUCCCUCGGUGCUUCCUUGACUAUCCCCAUCCACAAAAAGGGGAUGGGGCAGCCCAUACCAUCCCACAACCCUGCUGCCACCUGCACUUCCCUGCAGAAAUGCUCCUCUCCUGCAUCGCAUGGAAAUGCUCGGUGGGGAUACUGUAAUAUACACUGGAGCUAGCUGGAGCUAUGAUUAGAACAGCCAAGAUACAGAAAAGCAAGAUGAAAGUGCAAGCAGGGUGAAGGGAGCAUCAGUCAUGAAGGAGAAACACCCCAUCUGACACGAGCUCUUAAGCACUGUAAGACAGUAACAGCCCCAGUGAGACGGCUGCAGCUAUCAGCUACUCCCUUUUAGGUCCAGCAGAGCAGCAAGGAAUGCUUCCCCACACAGAAGCUGAAGAAAAAGCUAGGAAUGGGGUGGAGGAAAUCCUUUCAAGAGCCGUUGCCAGAGGUUAAAUAAACCAUGCCAUGAUAAAAAACAAAUGAAACCUUGUCUCAA